AUGUCAUCAGCUGGUGUGACUCUAAGCCCGGUUCGUAACGAGCCUCCUCUUCUAAUGCCUCUCGCUCGCGCCGAUUCGCUUCCCGAAGAGACCAUCCUCGUCUACCUAACCCUCCCUGGAUCCGUGAUCCCCAUGCGAGUCCUCGAGUCCGAUUCGAUCGAAUCCGUCAAGCUUCGGAUCCAGUCCUAUCGUGGGUUUGUUGUGAGGAACCAGAAGCUUGUGUUUGGAGGGAGGGAGCUCGCGAGGAGCGGCUCCAACAUGCGUGAGUACGGCGUCAGCGAAGGGAACGUGCUUCAUUUGGUUGUGAAGGUCUCUGAUCUCCAGGUGCUCGAUGUGAAGACCGCGUGCGGGAAGCACUGUAGGUUUCACGUGGAGAGAGGGAGGAACAUUGGGUAUGUGAAGAAGCAGGUUUCGAAGCGGAAAGGUGGAGACUUUGUUGAUUCUGAGAUACUCUACGAAGGGGAGAGGCUUGAGGACCAGAGUGUUAUUGAUGAUAUUUGUCGGAAUGGGGACUCUGUUUUGCAUUUGGUUUUGAGGAGAUCUGCUAAGGUUCGUGCUAAGCCUGUUGAUAAGAGCUUUGAGUUGUCUAUUGUUGCUCCGCAAGCGAGUGUUGUGCCGCAGAGGAAGGAGUUUUCUUUGGAGCCUCUGGUUGUUAAUCCUAAAGCGAAGUUAUCUCUAGUGGUUAAAGAUAUGGUUAGCUCUGCUUCUGAUGGGUUGAGAAGUGGGAAUCCUCCUGUGAGGUCAAGAGAGGGAACAGGAGGAGCUUACUUCAUGCAGGCUUCGUCGGGGAACAAGUAUGUUGGUGUGUUUAAGCCUAUAGAUGAGGAGCCAACAGCUGAAAACAAUCCUCACGGGCUACCGCUUUCGCCAAACGGAGAAGGUUUGAAGAAAGGAACGAAGGUUGGAGAAGGUGCGUUCAGGGAAGUUGCUGCUUAUUUAUUGGAUCAUCCCAAAAGUGGCGAAGAGGGAGGUUUUGCCGGUGUGCCUCCCACUACUAUGGUUGAAUGUUUGCAUCCGGGUUUUAACCAUCCCAAAGGGGUUAAGACGAAGAUUGGAUCGCUUCAGAUGUUUACUGAGAAUGAUGGCAGUUGUGAAGAUAUGGGUCCAGCUUCGUUUCCUGUGGAGGAGGUUCACAAGAUCUCUGUGCUGGAUAUUAGACUGGCUAACGCAGAUAGGCAUGGUGGUAACAUUUUAAUGAGCAAGGACAAGGAAGGGAAGAUUGUUCUGGUUCCCAUUGAUCAUGGUUACUGCUUGCCUGAAAGCUUUGAGGAUUGCACGUUCGAGUGGCUGUACUGGUCACAAGCCAGGAAGCCAUACUCUCGGGAGACACUAGACUACAUAAGAUCACUAAACGCCGAGGAAGAUAUCAACCUCCUGAAGUUCCAUGGAUGGAAAAUGCCGUUGAAAACUGCUAGAACACUCAGAAUCUCAACGAUGCUUCUGAAGAAAGGAGCAGAGAGAGGAUUGACAGCGUUUGAGAUUGGGAACAUGAUGUGCAGAGAGACUCUGAGCAAGAAAUCUCUAGUGGAGGAGAUGGUAGAGGAAGCUCAAGAAGCUGUGCUUCCCGGGACGAGCGAGGCUGCAUUCCUCGAAGCAUUGUCUGAUGUGAUGGAUUACCAUCUUGACGAAGUGGUUCGCUCUCAGGAACACUAGAAUUGGUUCCUUGUAUGAAUCGUUACUCUUAACUUGGAACUACGGUACAUAAAAACUCUAUAUAAUAAUACCUGUUGGCUUUUGUUUAUCAACUCUUUAAAAAAAAAAAAAAUUAUGUCGUUUGGACAUGUGCAAUUUGUGUUGUUGGUUUCUCUGUGACAUACUUUCUGGUAAUGACAAUUUCAGUAUUACAGUAGAUU